CGGAGAGUGCCUGCUGGUGGUGGCCGCGGUGCUGUCUUGUGGAGGCGUGGAGUUGUCGGCUGCAGCCUCCGGGGUGGGAUGAACCCCGCUCCCGGCGGAGGCAGGGGAGUCGAGCCGGAGCCAUGGCCACUACAGUGGUAGCAGUUGGACUGACCAUUGCUGCUGCAGGAUUUGCAGGCCGUUAUGUUUUGCAAGCUAUGAAGCAUAUGGAGCCUCAAGUAAAACAAGCUUUUCAAAGUCUGCCAAAAUCUCCCUUCAGUGGUGGCUAUUACAGAGGUGGGUUUGAACCCAAAAUGACAAAACGGGAAGCAGCAUUAAUACUGGGUGUAAGCCCUACUGCCAAUAAAGGAAAAAUAAGAGAUGCUCAUCGACGAAUUAUGCUUUUAAAUCACCCAGACAAGGGAGGAUCUCCUUACAUAGCAGCCAAAAUCAAUGAAGCUAAAGAUUUACUGGAAGGUCAAGCUAAAAAAUGAAGUAAAUUUAUGAUGAAUUUUAAGUUCUUGUUAGUUUAUGUAUAUGAGUACCAGCUUUUUAUAAUAAAAUGCCUCAAAGCUACAA